GUACUUUCAGACACGCUCUCACACUUGUCAGUCGCACACACACAUCCAUACACUUCACAGCCUGGCAGCACGCACAGCCACACACUCCAGGAUGAGAUUGUACUAAAACACUGCAAAGCCAUCAUAUCAGUUUUUCAAGAAUCUAAUUUGCAACCAUGCCCAUUCUGAAGAAGCUCCAGGGAAGGUCCAAGAGCUGCCACGAGUUCCCCAGAGUGAACGGUGAACUGAUUAUGCCUCGGCUGGACCUAGACCUCAGGGAACUCAAUGAUCUGAAGGAUCUGAAUGACCUGAAGGAUCUGAACAAAAACCUGAAUCCUUUUGAGGAUGUAGACUUGGAUGAGGAUGCGAGGAAUGGAGGUGACAUGGGGCUUAUCAUGGGAAAUGACAGGGGUAACCACCAGCUCAGGACCUCCCGUGAUGGAGAAGAGGAGGAGAAUGAGUUGAACUCAGAGAGGCACGGGGCAGGGAACCCUAAAGGGAAACCUCUCAGGGGGACCCUGGAGCGGAUCUGUGGAGUGUCACCACUCAAAACCCUUGGAAAACUGGGGAAGGGGCUCCGCAUAUCGGGACGCAACGUGUGGGGGAACAACUACCCCAACUACAGCCCUGGAGACUCGAAUACACUCCCACCAGAGAGGGAGAAAAGGAAAGGGCUGCGCAGAGGCUCAGAAGGAAAAAUUAUGACCCUACUCCGCUUCACAGGUCGACGUAAGGAGGAGCGCAGAGAGAGCCUGCCCUGUGGGGACCUGAGCACAGACAUUGAGGCGGAGGCUUCCAGGCGGCCCUCCUUCCUCAGGAUGGUCAAUUUGGGCAUGCUGAAGAGGGAAUCCAUGUCAGACAAGGCCUCCCAAGAGGACGAGGAGGAAACGAUGGAGGAGGAGCCGGUGGUUAAAACCAGAGAGCCCCUCUCAGUGCUGGAGAUCCUACAGUUGGUCAACCACAGGGACCUUCUACUGGCCGACACACACAUGCAGGAGUUGGAGCGAGAGUGUGAGCUGCUGUCUCAUCUGCCGACCCCAUCUACUCCCACCCUUACUCCCACGCUAUGUCCCAGCACUCCCCUCAGCAUGAUCCCCUUCUCAUCCUCAUCCCUCGAUGACUCCCUCAGCUCCAACGCAACGCUGGACUCGGGCCGGCGGAAGGUGAAAGACGUGGAGCUCUUGUAUGAGGCCCUGCAGAGGGAAAUGUGGGACGUAGUGAGGGAGUCCCUCCGCCAGCCCAGUGCUGGUCCAAACCUUGGGCUUGUGGUGCUAGUGAUUCAACAGGAGGAGCAUGCGGAUGCUACGUGGUCUCUAAGAGGGGACACAAAGCCUGAGCAAGACUCGCCUCAGAUCCACACCAGCCAGCGUCCCCGGCGAUUGAAGAUGAAGUGGAGACAGGCUGUGGCAGAGGCUGCAGACUGGAGCCUGCCGCAUCAGGUGGAUACGCAGGCAGGACAACUGUCCUCGUUCCUGGAGCGUCUGAGGAGCAGAAUGGUGGAUGACCUUGAUGCAGCGAGGAGGAAUGCAGUGUCCAUCUACCCAGAGGAGUUUUCUGCCUUCCAGGUGUACUUGGAGAGCUACCAUCGAGCUGUGGCCAAACGUCUUCGCAUUAUCACCAGUGGGCCGCUGCAGAUAACAGAUGUCUACUCUCUGCUGGACUGGUUCUACAACAUCUACAACAGGGACGUCUUAGGAACCAUUGGCACAACCACACCUAUCAACUACAGCCCUCUGGAAACAAUUCUGCCCCAAGACACAGUGGACAGACUGGAGCAGGACUGUAUCAGUAUUGUCAGGGACAAGGUGACAACAGAGCUUAUUCAGGUUCUGGAUGAAGAGGAGCGGCGAUGGGCCCAGACGCUGCACAUAGAGGAGUAUCAGUCACACCUUGCACGCUCUGUCAUCCAGAGGGUAAAAGUGGAUUUGGACAGAUCCACAUCUGUGAACCAGUUUCUUGGGGCAAGAGUGGCUCGCUGUAGUCUAACUGGAUUGGCUGACUUCCUCUACAAUUUCCACAGGAAGGUGGAGAUGUUUCAUGACACUCAGGCGGAAUUUGGAGACCGAGGGGACGGAUAUGUUUCCAGGACCAUAGCUCUAGUAAACUGCUGCCCUCCUCUAAGAUCCUUUGUGGAGCGCUGCAGGCAGUGUGACCCACAGGGCGGCGAGGAGUCAGCGCAGAGAGCCAACUCGUCUCUGGACAGGAUCAUCAACCAGUCAGUGAGGGUGCUGACUGAUCGACUGUUUGAGCACAUCAGGCCUUUCUUUGACAAACUGAUGAAGAGAAAAUGGCUGAAUAACACAGAGGCAUUUGAAGCCAUUGAAGCCAGCAUUAAACAACACUUUAAGAAAUUCAGAAGAAUGGACUGUCCACCAUAUCAGACGCUGGUGGGUGAGGUGCACCGGCGGGUCCUGGUAGAGUAUGUCCGAGCCAUCAUGCGUGGACGGGUAAUCUGCACAUCUUCCAAGAUGAGGAAGAGGAUGGCUUUCCGUCUGCAAGAUGAGGCCAAACAGCUGAAAGGACUCUUUAAAGAUCUGGAUUCAAGCUCAUCUUGGUUGGACAGCAUCAUCUGCCACCUGGCUGAAAUCAUUCUCCUGGAGGACACUCCCUCCAUCCAGAUGGAGGUGGCUGUCCUGGUGAAAGAGUUUCCAGACAUACGGAAGAAGCACGUCUCCACCCUGCUGAACGUACGGGGGAUGAUGCGGCAGGCGGAGCGCCAGGAGAUCCUCAACAUCGUCAAAGACUUUGAGUGCAGGAGCGCCCUCAUGUGCCGUGACCACGCCCUCUUCUCUGACAUCCCCAUCACCUCAGAGGUGCACUGCAUCAGCUUGGGCCUCCUCCGGCUCGCCAUGACCGUCUCCAACUGGUUCUCUGAGCACCGUGUGAGGCGAAACCGCAGGAUAAGUGUGAGGAACGCAGCACCUCAACCCUCCGAGAAUGUGGAAGACCCAAAUAAGCUUCACAGAGAAGACUAGCUGUUGGUGUGUUGUGCUAGGAGAGCAGUCACAGACGGGCUGUGACGAUUCUGAUGAGAUGAUGAGAUGUGCAUGCACCUUGACCAAAAACUGUACCAAAUAUUGUUAACAGCCAUUUAAGAAACUUGACCUCAGGUACUGCCUGUACUGUACACGCUCACUUACUUACUGACACUUGUGCAUUUUUAAUGGAAUAGUGAAACGUUAUAGCUCAUUAUCAUUUGCAGUUGUUUCAUUUUGAUCCAGACAAAUACACAAAUAAAAUAAGUGACAUAAAAUAACCUCAAAAUGUAACCUCUCCACUUCGCCUUUCAUUCCUGCAAACUACUGCAGAAACAACUGCUAGCAGAUGCAAUGCAAUAUGAUGUAGGAUGUUUGCUAUUUAACAUGUAUUUACUCAAACAUAUAUACCCAUUCUCUGGUAUAUAGUACAAAUGUAUGUGAGGAAAUAGUGUAUGGAAAUGUAUAUGUGUCGAACUGUCACUGUGAAUGAAAUGGAUCUGUUGCUGGAACCAUAA